AUGAGUUAUGCCGUAGAAAAAUAACCUUUUUUUGCAAAUUUUCCGCUUCUCUUUAUUCGAAGUUAGCCUGUUUCUCAUCGAGAAAUAAUGCUUUCACAAUUCAAUCAAUAAACUUCAAGCUAAUGAAACUUGAGACUUAUAAACACAAAAACAGAGCCGAUCGGCUUAAUUUCGAGCGUUCUCGCAUUUUUUUUUUCGAUUCAAAACAAGGCUUUCAGAAUUUCACUGAUCAACAUCUGAUUGGUAAAUCCUUCGAUUUGGAUUAAGCUGCAAGUCAAGAACUCUUGGAAAUGAAAAUUUUGGUUUGUCUUUUAAACUUUCGAAAAAGAAAAUGCAAAAAAAAUUCGAAGCUUUGAUUUGACUUUAAAAUUUCCAUAUUCUGUUCAAGUUUAAAAACAAAAAAAUUAGGAGGAAAUGAAGGUUAUCAAGAAACUUUUUUCAAUCAACAAUCCGCUAAAAAUUCGCGCCCUUUCGAAUUUUUUUUUGCGAUGCCAUUCAACAUAAAACUUUUUAAUCAUUUUUGGAAUCUAUUAGGAGUUAUUAUCUUCUAAUUAUUGUUUUGCUUUCAGAUUUUUUUAUCUUUCUGACUGGAGCAGUUGCAGAGCAGAUCUCUCCGAAACCGGAAAAAAUUUCGACGGUAUUCAUCAAUCCAAGUAUGCUCAAGGGAAAAAAACAAAUGAGUUUGACUUUCAGUUGAGUUCUGUGGCAAAUUUCAAGAAAGGAAAAAAUGCGGCGUUCCGUGUGAACCCCGAUGUAGUUCCAACGAGGUUAUUUUUUCAUACGAGAAACAGAAAUCGAAUAUGGCUUUGAUCAGUAUUCAUAUUUCUAUGUCUACUGAACGAGUUGAUACUUUUAUAAUGCUUCCGUCACUUCCUGAAACAGUCGAACUUUUCUGUAUUCUCUUUUUCUUUCUAUUCUAGCUUAUUCACGUUGUUUCUCAUUUUUCUCUUAUUCGGUUUGGAAAAGAGAGAAAGUCAAACUAGCCUAACUGAUUCAAGUGACGAAUGAGUUUAAAGAAGUUCAAGAAAGGGUUUUCCCAGGUUCAAGGCGCCUGUCCGAAAAUUUGCCUGCCGGACGUGUGUCAAUGCAUAGCCGGAUAUUCAAGAAACGCCACUGACGACUGUGUUCCAACUUCCGAAUGCAAAGCCAGAAAGGAGAGGAAAAUGAGAGCCGCUUUGAAGAUUCCGAAAUGCGUUUUCGGCGAGGUUUUCAGCGUUUGUCGAGACCCGUGCCCCCCUACUUGCGCCGAACCCGAGGUACUGUUCCAAGACUCCCACUCAAAAUUUUAGCGAUAAACGAAGUUUCUGAGUGAGAUGUAAUAGUUCGCAUGUGUUUGGAGAAACAAAACUAAAUACAAUUAAUAUUCAAUUAUAUUUUUUUCCUAAUUUAGCUAUCAAAACUUUUUUUCGAUAUUCAUAACUCUCGACUUCUAGUUGGCCGAUUUUGAUGAUUUUAUUAUCGAAAAGCUGAGGUAAUAGAUCGAAUUUCAAUAUUUUUGGAAUUUUCAAUUGAAGUUUUCAAAAUAGUUUUCAAACGAUUGCUGGACUUAAAUUUUAUUUGAGGUGGUUAAUCCGAGCUUUUUUUUCAAAAAAUCUUUUUAUUAAUUCAUCAAAGGUAAAGGUCAGAGCCACAUCUGAAAUGGCGUUUUCAGCGAAAAUGCGUUCGAAGCGAAAAGAUGUGCAUCCUCGGCUGCGACUGUUUCACCGGCAAAAAUCAGACUUUCGUCAGAGAAUCCGAAGGCGGCAACUGCAUCCCUAGGGAUAAAUGUCAAAUAAGUCAGUCUAUUUCUUCUUUUUUGUUUGUUCUUGGUUAUGUCAGACGUCCAAUAGUCCAAAAUUUCGGAAAGUUUCCUUCCUUCUUGUUCACAUUUAUGGCUUUUUUAUGCUUUAUAAUCUUUCAUUGUCGUUAAACGAAAAAAAAAAUGAGAGAACGAUUUAAAUUUAUUCCAUUUCUUGAACUCAAAGAGGAAAUACGAAUAAGAAAUAGAGAAAAUCGCAGACGCGGACUCUGAACUGAAUACGUCGGAGGAGAGCUCAGGAUGGAUGGCGACAGAUCCGGCGACGUGCGACGACGUCUUCUGCGACGUUGGAUCUGUCUGUGAAAUUGUGGACGUCCCUUGUGAAACCGCGCCUUGUCUUCAGCAAGCUAUAUGCGUUGGGGAAGAUCAGUUGGCCCCUUAA